CUGCUAUCCUCUCAAAUGGACUUAUUCAGAGAUAAGUAUCGAGCAACUUCAAAGUGUACCUGGAGGUUUUCGAAUGGAUAGGCUGCUCACUAAGCUUUGAUAUCUAUAUUGAGAUUUAAUCGCGGGUUGCGCGACCUUGAUUUUCCGCACUGCUUCGAUCAUAUGAAGUAGUAAGUUUGUGAAGGGACUGCCUAAAAGCAGUGAUGAUGGCGCGCCGUCCAACCAUCGCUAUUGCCGGCCUGGCUUGUGAAACUUCGACUUUUACGCCAUCGAGGACGCUUGCACUAGCGUUUCACCCUCAACGUGAUGCGGAGAUUAUAAGAAGAUAUCCCUUUAUACAGCCUGGAACACCUCUGGGCGAUGCUGCAGAGUGGCGUGGCGCGCUAAUUGGCCAUGCUUUACCAGGUGGCAUGGUGACCAGAGAUGCCUUUGAAUCUCUUUCCGCCGAGAUCGUUAGCCGUCUUACCCAGAUAACGGCCUCCACGAAAGUCGACGGGUUCUGGUUCGACAUACACGGUGCUAUGUGUGUUGAAGGACUUGAUGAUGCGGAGUACGAACUUUUGAAGCGCAUCCGUGAGGUUAUCGGACCGGACGUGCUGGUAUCAGCUUCAAUGGACCUGCACGGCAAUGUCUCGCGGGAACUAGCGCACCAGACGGAUUUAAUUACUUGCUACCGCACAGCACCUCAUGUAGACGUUGCUGAGACGAAAGAGCGGGCUUGUCGAAACCUACUUCAGUUGCUUCAACGGCAGGCGAAUGGUGAGACCGUGAGACCGUUUAAGGCUUGGGCGCCGAUUCCUAUUCUUCUGCCAGGCGAGCAAACCUCAACAAGAGAUGAACCAGCUGCACACAUUUACGCCGCUGUACCCGAGGUUGAAGCUAUGGAAGGUGUUUUAGAUGCAGCAAUUUGGGUCGGUUAUGCUUGGGCAGACGAACCGAGAAAUCGGGCUGUUGUUGUGGUUACUGGUUGGGACAAGCAAGCUGUUGCCAUAGGCGCUGAGAAAUUGGCGCGCUUGUUCUGGGAUUCCCACAAAGACUUCACUUUCGUCGCACCUACAGGAUCAUUUAAGGAGUGUCUGGAUACCGCAUUAGCAUCUAACAAACGCCCAUAUUUUAUCUCGGACUCCGGUGAUAACCCCACGGCGGGAGGUUCAGGUGACGUCACCUGGGGCUUGACACAGUUACUUUCGCGUCCGGAAUUCAAAGUAGAUUCAGGACCAAAAGUGAUCUACGCCAGCGUACCGGGACCCGAAGCGAUUCAGAAGGCUGUCGAUGCAGGCAUCGGAGCAACCGUGACAGUAACUGCUGGCGCAGAAGUAGAUGACAUUCAUGCUGGUCCAAUAACCAUGACUGGUCAGGUACACUCAAUAAAACAUGGAGACAGACACGCAGAGACCGAAGUGGUUCUGCAAGUGGGAAGCGUCUUCGCGAUUCUAACGAAACUGCGCAAGCCGUACCAUCACGAGAGUGACUUCACGGAACUCAACCUUGUGCCUCGCUCUGCGGAUAUUGUUAUCGUCAAGAUUGGAUAUUUAGAACCGGAGCUGUAUGAUAUGGCCAAGGACUGGAUGCUGAGUCUUACGCCUGGUGGCGUUGACCAAGACUUAGAGAGAUUAGGCCACAAACAGAUUUUGCGUCCAAUGUGGCCGUUCGAUCGUUCAUUUGAAGAACCAGAUCUCUCAGCAAGAUUAGUUUCGAUGUCUAAUGAAGCAUUAUAGAUCGAUAUCAAUAUUAACCGUGAUGUACGAAGUAAGA